GGCAGGGGUAGGGCUGUAGACUAGUCUGUCAUCACACCGCGGUACCAGAGUCCGGAGAACGAAACGCGAAUAGGAGCAAAGACAGUGAGUGUCUAGAGAGAAUGGGAAAGGGAGAAACUGAGCGCAUAGGCCUACAGCAUCAGCAGCAUCUGAAAAAGCAGAGGCAAACGCACGGCGUGUCAUAUUCCUGCGUAUAACAGAGGAGGAUGGAGACUUUCCCGUUGCGCCAGAGAUCUGGACUGAUAAGAUUACAUGUUUGUGGAUAACCUACCAUUAGGAAAAGGUGUUUUCUGGAGGUUUGAGGACAGCGAAGGUCCAUCACCUUCAACUGCCCCGUCAAUCUAAUUUCAAGGAGCCACAUCAUAAGAAACUACCUAGAGAACGGGCAUUUUGGAGGAUAUGAUCGGUUUUAUUGUUAAAUUCAUGUAGCAAAACAAAAAACAAAAGGUUUUAUGAUUUGUAUGUUUACCAGUAUGAUGAACUCUUUUUUUGAUUCUUCGCCUGCUGCUAUGAUUGAUACAAUUCCUGUCAGCGGUAUGUCCACUGCUGGGACGGGCGCUGUAACCAGUGCGCUUCGAAAUGAUUUGGGGUCCAAUAUUCAUGUCCUGAAGACUCUGAACCUGCGGUUUCGCUGUUUUCUUGCCAAAGUUCAUGAAUUAGAGCGGAGAAACAAAUUAUUAGAGAACCAACUGCAGCAAGCCUUGGAUCAACAACGAUACCAAGUAUACACUCGAGAAGUAGCUGUCCAAACCGACUCUACUGAAUCCCGACUACCUGGUACCAUUUGGAGUUUCACGCACGUGAGAAGACACGGAGAGCGCUAUGAGACUCUCCAGGGCCCUGGCGUAUCCUGGAAUCAUCCGGACGGUGUUGGGGUCCAAAUCGAUACCAUCACCCCAGAAAUACGAGCUCUGUAUAAUGUGUUGGCUAAAGUCAAACGAGAGAGAGAUGAAUACAAGAGAAAAUGGGAAGAGGAGCUGAACAGACGAGAGCAGCUCGAGUCCUUGGUGGAAUCCAUGCAGGAGAGUGCCCAGGAGUCAGAGAAGAUCCAGGAUGAACUGAAUGAGAAGGUGGAGAGGCUGAAGGCUGAGCUGGUGGUCUUUAAGAGCCUUAUGAGCGAUAAAAUGUCCGACAUGGACACUAAGAUCCAGGAGAAAGCCACGCUGGUGGACAUGGACAUCUGCCGGCGCAUUGACAUCACCACCAAACUGUGUGAUGUGGCUCAGCAGUGCAACUCAGAGGACAUGUCAAAGAUGUUCAACGUGAGCCCGGCCAGGUCGCUCCCAGAGAGGGGUGCCAUGGCGUGCUGCAGGAAGAAGGAGUGCAAGCCUGUGUCUGACGAGGACAGCUCUGAGAUGGAUGCAGACCCCAGCACAAGUACCUCAGAGGAGGAGGUCCCGCUCAACGUUACUGACGAAAUGAAACGCAUGCUCAACCAGCUAAAUUGUUCAGAUGAUAAUUUUGUUGCCAGGAGGGAGACGUUUGACAUUGAUGAUGACUGUGACAGCCUGACGUGGGAAGAGAAUGACGAGACCCUGUUGCUAUGGGAGGACUUCAACAACUACAACAUACAACCCGGUGCCAUCACCGCGGCAAACUGCACAGUUACCAGCGCAGCCAACAGCAACACAGAGGAGCCUGUCUCUCAGGAUGGAAGCCUGGGCAGCCUCAUAGAUGAGACAGAAUCACUAUUCAAGACCAGAGAGCAGGAGUACCAGGAGACCAUUGGCGCAAUUGAGAUGGAACUAGCCACAGCGAAGAGUGACAUGAACAGACACCUGCAUGAGUAUAUGGAUAUGUGUAGCAUGAAGCGUGGUCUGGACGUGCAGAUGGAGACGUGCAGGAGGAUGAUUAAAGGGGGCAGGAACUCUCCCUCUGUCAGUUCGGUGGCUAGCAGCGACUCAGGGAACACUGACGAGAUCCAGGACAAACUACUAGACAAGGAUGGAGAGGCUGAGGUGCCAAUCAGUUGAUAGCCUGACUCCACCCCCUUCCUCCCCUGUUCACUGACAGCUGCUCGCAGAGCUCCACUCUGCUUGGGGGCUGACCCCAGUGUUCUGCCCUGCUUGGCAUCUUUAGCCAAGGGGUACUGGUGGUCCUGAUGGUCCUAAUUGUCCUAUGGAUCUGGCCCACUGUCCCAGGCCCGGAACUGGUGCUUAUUGUCUCUGUUCUCACAGGAAUGAAGGGGGACGGGGUUCAUUUGCUUCACAAGUGUUUUAAGGCAGAGGUGGCACAUACAAUAUAUGUGUCUGAGCUGUGCUCUCUUCCACAGUUCUUCACAGGAACAUCCAGCAAAACAAUCAACAUGAUCAAACAAGUCAUUCUGGCUCACUCUUAGCAUAGUCUAAGCAGUUCCACUGUCACCACUGUCAUUCUAUUGGCCUGAGGCUGAACAGUCUAUUUGGUGAACAGGGAACAACAUGCACAACAUUAUUCACCAGUGAAAAUAUCUAUCCUUUUGAGUUUUUUAAUAAUCACACAAAAAAAUCACAGAUCAAGAGCAGUCACAUUAUUUUGUACUUGCAUGUUCCCCAUAGAUUCAGAUUGAUCAUUCACAUAUACUGUACAUGCAAAUGUUCAAAUGGGGAUUGGAAUGUUCUCACGAAAGAGUCAAGGCUAAAAAAUCAGUUUGACUGGACUCUCCACAGUUACCAGUGUUGACUGGGGAACGGAGCACAGCCCUUUGCUGCUAUAAUGCAUUGUUCACAUUCUAUGCAAUUUAGCUAGCCUUAUUUCAGGAUAACCUUUGACCUUCAUUACCCCUCUUUUCCCUCAUGAUUUGCCUUUUUAAGCUGGGCAGGUGUUUUCUAUCUGUUAUUCAGAGUGCUCCUGUGUGUUCUCCAAAGUAGAAGAGCAAUGGGAGGUGCAGAAUUAUCUCAUAAAAGGAAAACUCCCUAGUGUCCUUUGUCAAAGGCAUACCUUCUCCCCCUAUCCAUGUUCAUUUAGAGGCUGUAAACAUUUGAAAGGUUAUCCAAAACAAUAUGGAACAAGGUGCCAGCAAACAUGCUGUCUUUGAUUUGUAUUGCCUUAUGCUUAUUACUAUCAUAGUAAGCUUCAGCUAACUUAAAUAAUUUACCCUUAGAUGUAUCUAAUCUAACUAAGUUAUUGAUGAUUCCUUGGGCUACUCUUUGGUAAGUCCAAAGCAGUGGAAGCUGCUGAGGGGAGGAUGGCUCGUGAUAAUGGCUGGAAUGGAGUGAAUGGAAUGGCAUCAAUGGAAACCAUGUGUUUGAUGUAUUUGAUACUAAUCCACCUAUUCAGCUCCAGCCAUUACCACGAGCCCGUUCUCUCCAAUUGAGGUGCCACCAACUUCUUGUGGUCCAAAGAGCUUUUUAAAGUUAUUGGUCACCUGUUUGUCCUCUCAUAGAUAGGGUACUGAAAUAAUAUAUUACAUAAAACAAUCACGUAAUCAGGCAAUACUAUGAACAUUGGUUAAUGAUACAUUCCCUAGAUUAUACACUGAAAAAUUAGGUAUUUAGGAUUUUAUUUUGCCAAUCUUGGAUACUAAACUCAGAUGGCCUUUCAUAACAACUCCCACCUGUCUGUCCAGCAGGGUGCACUGUUCCUAUCAUAUUCCGUUGUCUAAUUGUCAUGAGCUCUGGAUUGGGUUUAUAAUUGUUUUUACGUAGAUAAGAGGGCUGUUGGCAUGUGAUCGUAUACCCCAGAUGCCUUUCUGUUCAUAUUGCCCUAUGUAUAAUUCAUUUUUUGUAUUACAUCCUGUCUAAUGAUUUGAAUUAAAUGAAUCAAUUAACAAAAUUGAUCAAUGCAUGUGGAUUGGGAGAGGUUUUCUGGAAGUUAUUUUUCAAUUUGUUUAUGGAGUGUUGUUAGUUUGCAGAAUCAAGGAAAAAAGUGCUAUUUGUAUGAUGAGGGUUUUAAGAUGGAAAAAUAAUGACAUUUGUCAUUGCAUUGUUUUAUGAAGGAAGAAGGGCUAUUGCAUUUGGUUGUUUCUUUGAAUUAUUUUACAUUGAACUAGAGGCACAUAGUUGUAGUAUUGCAAUUCCCUAUAAUUUCUUCAAUGAAAAUAUGCAUUAUGUUCCUGUAAUUUUACAUGGGCCCAUGAAAUUGCGUUGUACAGAUUGAAUUGUGUGUGUUGAGGCAUAAAUGAAAUAUUAUCUUCUUGUUGAACAAUCGUGGAUGGUAAAAAUGGUAUGGAAACUUAACUAUUUCAUAAUUUCAUCUGACACAAAGAUUCUGGCCCAGCCAGUCUAUUGUAUAUUAUUUCCUAAACCGUGACUCAUACACACUAUAAAGACAAAUAACAUUUAGGGGGAGGCCUUAUUCCCAGCUAACUAUAACAAUCAUUUGUGUUAGAUUUAAAAUCAGCCUGACGAGUGCAGCAGUAAGCCAUGCUUUUUACCCGUCCGUUGUUGCACCAUACAGUAUAGGCUGGGAAACACCUUGUAUGUUGUACAGUAGACCUAUGUGCCUUUAGUUCUCAUGUCUCAUGAUGACUGUAAUAUUGUUGCAUAUUUUCAAUUGAACAGAUUGUAGACACCUUCUUUGCUGAAUGUAUGGUCAAUAUUUAGGAGCAGUCUUCUGACUAGACCUACAGUCCCAACCUUACAAUCAGAACUGGUGCAUAUCUCAGGAUAUGGGUCAGAACACAGAAACCUGAUGUGUACAUGGCACAUUGUUCUUCAUUGUCUAAGCAAACACAAAUUGUUUUGUGCUUCUACACCUGCAUUGCUUGCUGUUUGGGGUUUUAGGCUGGGUUUCUGUACAGCACUUUGAGAUAUCAGCUGAUGUACGAAGGGCUAUAUAAAUAAAUUUGAUUUGAUUUGAAAUUGUACAUGUAUAGUUGAACUACUACAUUAUGUACCCUUGCAGGACGUAAGUUUGGCUUAUUGAGCCUAUAUGGGAAUUUGAAAUUGUUGGGUUUAAUUGUUUCAUAGGUAUUUUAUAUGGUUGGUUUUAUAAAUGUAGUGCUAGGGUCUAAAGUGUUACAUUAGCCAUUACUGAAAUGUACACUGUAUGACCCAAAGUAUGUGGACACCUGCUCGUCGAUCAUCUCAUUCCAAAAUCAUGGGCAUUAAUAUGGAGUUGGUCCCCCAUUUGCUGCUAUAACAGCCUCCACUCUUCAUGGAAAGCUUUCCACUAGAUGUUGGAACAUUGCUGCGGGGACAUGCUUCCCUUCAGUCACAAGAGAAUUAGGGAAGUUGGGCAUCGAUGUUGGGUGAUUAGGCCUGACUCGCAGUCAGUGUUCCAAUUCAUCCCAAAGGUGUUCGAUGUGGUUGAGGUCAGGGCUCUGUGCAGGUCAGUCAAGUUCUUCCACACUGAGUUCGACAAACCAUUUCUGUAUGGACCUUGCUUUGUGCACGGGGGCAUUGUCAUGCUGAAACAGGAAAGGGCCUUCUCCAAACUGUUGCCACAAAGUUGGAAGCACAGAAUCAUCAAGAAUGUCAUUGUAUGCUGUAGCAUUAAAGAUUUCCCUUCACUGGAACUAAGGGGCCAAGCCCAAACCAUUGUUCCUCCUCCACCAAACUGUACAUUUGUCCCUAUGCAUUCGGGCAGGUAGCAUUCUCUUGGCAUCCGCCAAACCCAGAUUUGUCCGCAGGACUGCUAGAUGGUGAAGUGUGAUUCAUUACUCCAGAGAACAUGUUCCCACCGCUCCAGAGUCCAAUAGCGGCGAGCUUUACACCACUCCAGCCAACGCUUGGCAUUGCGUAUGGUGACCUCAGGCUUGUGUGCGGCUGCUUGGCCAUGGAAACCCCGACAAACAGUUCUUAUGCCGUUGCUUCCAGAGGCAGUUUGGAACUUGGUAGUGAGUGUUGCAUCCAAGGACAGGCAAUCUUUACAUGCUUCAAUACUCGGUAGGCCCGUUCUGUGAGCUUGUGUGACUUUCCACUUCGUGGCUGAGCCAUUGUUGCUCCUAGACAUUUCCACUUCACAAUAGUAGCACUUACAGUUGACGGUGCAGCUCUAGCAGGGCAGAUAUUUUACGAACUGACUUGUUGGAAAGGUGGCAUCCUAUGACGGUGCUACAUUGAAAGUCACUGAGCUCUUCAGUAAGGCCAUUCUACAAAUUUGAAGGGGUGUUCACAUACUUUUGUAUAUAUUGUGUAUCUUCCAUUGCUUUGUCACCCUAACGUUCAGAGCUUGUCUGUAAUGGGUGGGUUUCCCUGUGUUCUAGAGAGGCAGAGGUAGGUCAUCAUCCCCAGUCAAGGUGGCCAUGGAGGAAAGUACUGUCUUUGAUGACCAUUAUUGACCUCAUUGUAUUUUCAUACACAUUACAUAAUAAUGAUGCUAUUUCAAGCCUGUUGUUUUUAAUUUAAAUGAUUUAUUUCCCUGCAUCUUUAUUUUUUCAAUGCAUACCUCUGUGCAUUGUAAAAUAUGAUGUUAUUUGUAUGUAAACUAUUAGUAAAACAUUGCAUUGAUGGGGAUUCGGGGUAUACUGUUGUUUGAAAAUAAUGAAUGUACACUGUAAUUGGUGUUGGGGGAAAGUUAAAUAAAAUGGUGGAUUGCCUUUAGCUUGAGUCUUUGUUGUC